AUGGUGGCUGCUACAAAGAAUAAAGCUAGAGGCAGCCAAGGGCAGUUUCCACUUACACAGAACGUCACGGUUGUUGAAGGGGGAACGGCAAAUUUGACCUGCAGGGUCGAUCAAAAUGAUAACACCUCCCUCCAGUGGUCAAAUCCAGCUCAACAGACACUGUACUUCGAUGACAAGAAAGCUCUGAGGGACAACAGAAUUGAGUUGGUCCGAGCUUCGUGGCAUGAGCUGAGCAUCAGUGUUAGUGAUGUGUCUCUGUCAGAUGAAGGGCAGUACACCUGCUCUUUAUUUACUAUGCCUGUCAAAACUUCCAAGGCUUUUCUCACUGUUCUUGGUGUUCCUGAGAAGCCACAAAUCACUGGAUUUACCUCACCAGUUAUGGAGGGAGAGAGGAUGCAGUUAACUUGCAAGACGUCUGGUAGUAAACCAGCAGCGGAUAUCAGAUGGUUUAAGAACGACAAAGAAGUUAAAGAUGUUAAAUAUUUAAAAGAAGAAGACGCAAAUCAUAAAACCUUCACAGUCAGCAGCACGUUGGAUUUCCUAGCAGAUCGCAAUGAUGAUGGUGCAGUUGUAAGUUGCAGAGUAGAUCAUGAGUCCCUAAACUCCACACCUCAGAUAGCAAUGCAUGUUCUAGAAAUACACUAUACACCUUUAGUUAAAAUCAUUUCUUCCAAUUCAUGGCCUGAAGAAGGACAGUCUAUAAUUUUGACUUGUGAAUCCAAAGGAAAACCAGUGCCAGAACCAGUACUGUGGACGAAGGAUGGUGGAGAGCUACCAGAUCCAGAGAGAAUGGUUGUCAAUGGCAGGGUCCUAAGCAUCAGUUUCCUAAACAAAACAGACAAUGGCACAUACCGAUGUGAAGCAAAAAACCCUAUUGGCCGAAACAGCACAGAAUAUGUCCUGAUAGUACAUGAUGUUUUCAACACUUUGCUUCCCACUACUGUCAUCCCCUCCCUUACCUCUGCAACAGUUACAACCACUGUAGCCUUAACAACCAGCACAACCACAUCGGCAACAGCCAUCAGCACUGGAGAUCCAAAUGCUUUGGCUGGACAGACCGGACCUGACCAUGCUCUUAUAGGAGGAAUAGUGGCUGUAGUUGUCUUUGUAACACUAUGUUCUAUAAUUCUCCUUGGUCGAUACCUGGCAAGACAUAAAGGAACAUAUUUAACAAAUGAAGCAAAAGGAGCUGAAGAUGCACCUGAUGCCGACACAGCCAUUAUCAAUGCAGAAGGCAGCCAAGUCAAUGCAGAGGAGAAAAAAGAGUAUUUCAUUUAG